AUGGCUGAAAGAUUAGUUAUAAAUUCAGACGCAGCUAAGCACGUUUAGGCAUAUUUAGAAUAUCAAUAACUCGUAGGUGAUUACCAUAAUAAUGGUCAACUUAUGUCAGAAAAAGAAUUCGAAGAAUUCAAAAAGAAUUAUCGCGAGAAAGCUAAGAAUAGAAUUUACUGCAGUUGGCGUAAUGAAAGAGGUUAGGAUUGUAAAAUGGUCGGUCCUGCCACUAAAUGCUUCUGCGAUCACAGAUUCAAAGAUCAUGAGUACUUAGAUCCAAAGGACAAAACAAAAGUUCACUGCAAAGUACCAAAAUGCAAUUGCAAAUGCUAUUAUUACAUUCCUGCAUAUGGUUCUUAUGAUUUUAAAUGUCUUUGCAAACACUCAUACAGAGAUCACGAUAAUAUCAAGAAAAUCUGUAACAAUAAAUGUGGUUGUUCAGGAUUCUCCAGUACUUGGAGUUGUUCAUGCGGAUCUAAAUUUGCUGGACACACUACAGUAAUGGAAACCAGAGAAGAUAGAAUUCGUUUAGGAAAACCUGUUGAUGAUAUGGAUCGUCUCACUGACGAAUUGAAUGUACCUGUCAAUAUGGGAGGUUUAACAAGCUUCUAACAAUUAGUAACUGGUGGCGAUAGAUAUGAAUAAAUGAUUGACAAAAUGGGAUAAAAUGCAAUUACUGGGCCUCCUUAACAAGGAAUGUUAACUGGUCCUCCUGGUCAUUAAAGAACUGGAAGCAAUAAAUUAAUGUUAGGAAAUGGAUAAUAAUAAUAACAAGGAAAUAAUCAAAUGUAACUUUAUGGAAAUUAAUAGUAAGAAGUUAGUGCGCUUUCUCUUUUCAAUACUCCUCAUCAAUUCGCAAGAGCAAAAACUAUGCCAGUAAGACCAGCUAUAAAGCGUUGA